AACAAAACAAAAAAACAGAGAGACAUAAAACUUACAUUUUCUGGUAAAAAAAAAAUUAAAUCUAAUUUAUAAUCAAAUAUGUAUUAGAUUACUGUAGGGUUAAGCACAUUUUAUUUUAUUUCUUAGCUGUUCAUAUUUUCCAGAGCUAGCCUGGUGUCAGAUCCACUUUCACAAGGCCCAAAAAGAGUCCUCUUUGAGUUAGGUGUAAGGGUGAGAAAAGUCAACAAGGGGAUUUUACGGAAGCAGAAAGAGGGUACGAUGAAGUGAUGAUUGGAGGGAAAAACAGGGAGGGAAUUUCCCUGGCCAGCAUCCCAGCUCUGGCCUUCUCUAAGGUGGCGACCCUUCAAAAAAUGAUGGCAUUAAGAAGAUAAAUAAAUACUAAAAUACUGGCAUUAUGAUUUUGCUGCAGUAUUUCAGUCACUACUUAGACUAAAAUAAUUAACUUGUUCAGCCUCAGGAAUUGCAGCAAACAACCUGUAUUUUGGUAUUAAAGUGUGGAAGUCAGAGAAUUUCUUAACUAAAUAAUUAAUUUGUACUCAGGCUACCUUUUGAUGUAGACUCACCUCUCUGCUGCCCACCCCAAUAAACACAGAAGGCUUUAUUUACUGAGUUUUCAGGAAAAAGACAUUUUGUAGGGGCUUCAGGAUUUCAUUUUAAUGUUAUCAGCAUUUUUAGAUGUAUACAGACACCAAUAUCAUAUGAUUGCUGUUAUUUUGUAACUGUUAAUUAAAAAUAUGUAUAACAUAAGUAAUUCGAAGUGGUAUCUUUGAUCAUACCCAGAUGUUCUUUUGGCUCUGCCUAUAGUUUCUAGGUGAAUUUACUCUUACAGCACAUCAGAUGUUUAACUUCAGUUGUGUAUAGAAGUGGUACAUUAAAAUAUGACAAGUGAAAUCUAUUCAGUUGAGCCCUCUCAAAAGAACUGCUUCCUCAGUCUUUCCUAACAGGCACAAUUAUGUCCAUUUUCCCCUCUUCCCUCUUAUAAAUCUAUAACAAAUUUUAAAAAUAACAGUGCUGUCACACUUUCUGUUUUCCUUUUAGUACAAAUGCUUGCAAUAUCUAUUUAUAUGAACUGAAACUGUUGUCACUAUCUACAACCAACAUUUAAUAAGCUUUUACAUUCCAUACGGUUUAGAAUCUAGAUAACUGCUUGAAAAUAUUGAGACCCCAAUUAUGAGAGCAUUUGGUUUACCUUGUAAUUUUUAGACCUAUCAGUCUUUUUAGGAGAGUUUUAAUCUUGUUUGUGGAUUUUUUAAAAUGAGCUUUUGAGGAGCCAAAAUGUCCUCCUCCAAGGGAAUACACACUGAUUGGUUUUUUUGUUGUUGUUGUUGUUAAAUCUCAGAUAUGUUUAAUUUCUCCUACAUCAUCAAUUGCUUAUUAAAUUGUAACUUGGAAUUCUUACAGGCAAUAGAAAAUCCAGUUCUACUGUGCUGAAUUUUCAAAUAUCUCAGUCUCAGCCACUCAUCAAGAAUUUUCUAACAUGUGUCUUAUUGAUCUUCUUGUUCUAGACUGACAUUUUCUGAAGAGGCAGGAGAUGUGAUUUGUGAUUAUGGGGAGCAGGAUACUUAUAAUAAGGCCAAGUGCCUGGCUUUAGCUCAGAUUAUCUACAGUGAAUGCGGGCUGCACAAGAAAGCUCUCCUUUGCUUGUGUAAACAGGGUCAGACUGAUAGGGUCAUGGAGUACAUACAGCAGUUUGUCAAGGACUUUACUUCCGAUGACCUGUUGCAGCUAUUAAUGUCAUGUCCCCAAGUUGAAUUAAUUCAGUGUCUCAUUAAAGAGUUGAAUGAGAAACAGCCAUCUUUAUCUUUUGGUCUUGCCAUACUUCAUCUGUUCUCUGUGGAUAUGAAAAAAAUUGGCAUUAAGCUACUUCAAGAAAUAAAUAAAGGUGGGAAAGAUGCAGUAGAAAGUCUUAUGAUAAAUGAUUCAUUUUGCUCUAUAGAAAUGUGGCAAGAAGUGGCAAGUAUAUGUUUACAGAAUGGCUUUGACAAAUUAUCUAACGACAUCAUGUCCAUUCUUCGAUCUCAGGCUGCAGUUACAGAAAUUUCUGAAGAGGAUGACGCAGUCAACCUAAUGGAACAUGUGUUUUGGUAGUUCUAUAUCUCAACCAGUUGAGGGAGCUUGUACAACAUUUUAUGUAUGCUGGUUGGGCAAACUGAUUUUGACAUAACUAACUUAUAAAUAAAUCUAGAGUAAGAAGCUCUAGAAAUAAAUCACACUUUUGUUAUGAUGACAUUUAGAUUUGUCUUUGAAAUAUUUAUACCAUUGCUUCCUUUUUCCCAUAUGGUCAUUUCUUAUAUUGAAUCUUGAUAAAAUCCAAGAUUAUAACUUUGUGCAAAACAGUGUAGGCAUUUUUGUCUAAGCUAAUGUCCAGAUAUAUUACUUUCUGGUGAUCUAAUUUGAUAGCAAGAACUGAGGAAGGUGUGGGUAGUAUCCUGUCUGUUAGACUGUCUUCCCAAACAUGAAAUGCUACAAGCCUGACUUGACAAGCGGGAUUUCAUUUCAAGGUUGGACUUGCUGGCAAAAACCUAGAGUAUAAUAAUUUUGUACUGCUGGUUUGAAGAUGUGCCCCAUGCUUUGAUAUAUAUAUAAAUAUGUCAAAGCUUAAGCUUCUAGUAUAAAAGCUGGGAAUCUUGGCAUGUUAUUACUCAGAGAGAGGGCCAGUCAAAUUUUGCAUAGAAGUAGACCUGUGAUACCUAUGGAUAUAGAAAAUAUAAGAAGUGGUUUGGAUGAUUUCAAGUAUCUGAAUAAGUAUUUGAUUGAAAACUCUAAAAGUUCUAUGCCAUGGACAGGUGUAAUAUUAAAAAUAUUUAAUGAUUAGUAUGGCAUGGGCACAAAUGAAGCAGAACAGGUACCCAGUGAAUUAGAACAGCCUUUAGCCUUUAUGCCACACACCAGGGCAUACUAGCUAAAUGUCAGCCUUGACCAUGGAACAUGGUUAAAAUGAGCUGCUGGCUGGGCGAGGUGGCUCAUGCCUGUAAUCCCAGUCGAGGCAGGAGGAUCGCUUGAGUUUGCAACCAGUGACCAGCCUAGGCAACACAGUAAGAUCCUGUCUCUGUUCCUAAAAAAAGAAAAAAAACAUUUUUCAAGCAAAAAAUUAAAAUGAGCUGCUAUUAGAAUAAGGGCAAAAAGCAUAACUUUUCCCCUCCUAAAUUUAAAUUGAGUAUGUAUUUUUAUGUUAUGGUGGAAAGAAGAUUAACGGGCAGUCAGACAGCUUCGUAUUAAAAUUCUGGCCCUACCUCUUCCUCAUUUGUAAAAUAUGGGCAGUCAUCCCUUAGGCUUGCUGUGAGGAUUAGUGAUAAUGUAUGUGUAUCACUAAUAUAUAAGUGUAUAACAUAACAGAGGAACUUAAGAAAAGAAAUCUGUAAUUCCUUUGUAAUAGGCCCCAGAAACACAUUUUUCUAUGAGUUUAUACUUACUAAAUCCCAUAUGUCUAUUCAUUUGUAUUUACGUUUAUCCUUCUUUAAAGUAUUUGAUAUAUUAAUGCAACUUAUUGCCGAUGUUAAGCUAUCUGUCCAUACUCGUAUUAGGGCUGCCUGGCUUAUCUUAUAAAUUCAGAAGCAUUCAAGCUGAGUUUUUAAUUUUUCUAUUUGGUGCUAAACAGAGUACUGGAUAAUUAUAAUUCAGCUUUCUAAAGCAUAGCAUUUUUAAAGUAAUACAUGUGCAUAGUUUUAAAAGCAAUUUAUUACUAAAAGGCUUAUAAAAAUAAUAUUUGAAUUUUUGGCCUUCAUACUAGCUGUUGAAAAGAGUAGAUAAAGGAUGGAAAAAGGGAAUGGCAAGAGAGACAUGUUUCAGCAGCCCUGGUUCUUUGUGUGCUGAUGGCUUAAAACCUGUUUUUUUUCCUUUGAGAUCUAUCUGAUUGAUAGAAAGCUAUUAUGUGUCCAUUGACAGAGCUUAGAAAAAAAAAUGUGUUCAUGAAAGCCAGGGGGAUAAAGUAGACGUAUAAAUCUAGACGAAGCUUAAACAGCCGCUGUUGUUGUUCUUUUAAUUUUGCCUUGUUUUUCCUUUGCUCAUUAUUAUUCCUUCUCAGUUAGAAUUGCCUUUGGCAGCUUUCCCAAGGAAAGUAAAAUUUGUCAAGUGAAUAUAAAUUUUAAAAAGCCUGGAGAUGGAAAAUGGAGUUGGGAGGAAGAGCAAGAUUAUCAAGUUAAGUGGAGAAGGAGAAAGAAUUGAGUUGUGAGCUACAUAGGGCUUUGAAGCUAUAAGGGCCUCCAUGUAAGCUACACUGAAGGAGGUAUAAUAUGGGCCUCUGCACAGAAACUUGCAUUCUAGACCAGCCCCACCGCUUUCUAGCUAUGUGUCCUUUUCUUCACACUUAAGAUAAAUUUAUUUUGACUAGAUAACUCCUCUUGUCAUUUCGAACUCUAAAAUUCAGUAAUUCUGAAAAGGUAGAAAUUAUUUCCCAGUGCUUCUUGACCUUCAACCUAAAUUUGAAAUACUACAAUUCAACAUCAGCAUCAACAACAUCUACUGAAUACCUGUUUUGCAUACAAUUUCUGCUAGCAAGAUUACAACUUCAAUGGAAAGACACAGCAUAUUUUUAAAAUUACUACUAAUAAUUCCUUAAUUCCUUAGUAUUAUCUAAUAGCCAGUCCAUAUUCAAAUUUCACCAAUUGCUUAAAAAUGCCUUUUAGCAUUUGAAUUGUUCUGAUGAAGAUUUAACCAGUGUUCAUGUGUUUUACUGGGUCUUGCUCACUUGAGUGAGUCUUCUCUCUUUUCUUCUUCUUGCCAUUGAUUGCUUUACAUAGCAGGCGCAUAGCAAUGGCCAUGAUGAAUUAAGUUUCACUGAUUUCAUAUUAGGUUUUCUUUCCACCAUAUCAGUGAGGAAAGGAAGAUAUUUAUUACAAGGUCUAAAAGAUUUAAUUGUAACUAGUUACAUUUUUAUUUAUUAUAGUCAAGCAUGUAUCAAAAUGAUUUCUAUUAAAUUCGUUCAUACAGAAAGGUUUAGAGACAUUGUGAAACAGAAAUCUAAUAAAAAAUUUUCUUAAUAUUAAGAACUUUUCCUAAAUCCUGAAUUAACUAAGCAAUGACCAUUAAAUUAAUCACUUUUUUUAACUUUAAAAGAUGAAAAAUUGUUACUUUUUAGGUGCCUGUAAUUCUGUUAGAUUGCUAAAGCAUAUGUUAGGUUAAAAGUCAACGCAGAGGCCUUACUUUUUUUUAACUUUGUACAUUUCAUAGAAAGCUCAUACAUUUCUUCCAUUCUUUCUCAGAAAAAAACAGCAUUUAACAAAUGUUUGGUGUAGCACUACUGAAAAUAUAAAGCUGUCAUUUGCUAGUAGUUAUAAUUUGUUGUGUUCUUGAAUAAAAACAUUGGAUACAUAA